AAUUCAACAAUGCAUUUGUGUUUGUUAUAAAUACAGACCGCACAACUCUCCAGCUUUCAUUCUCUCGCAGUGGUUAAAGUGACAUGAAAGUGAAGACAUCGGUGUACUGUAACAAGUCAUGUAUCAUGAUCCAAACACAGCUAAUAUUCUUACCAAUGGACAUAAUGUGCCAAAUAAAGUCACGAGCAACGGGACAACGAGUGCCAAUGGGUCUUUUGGGGCAGAAGGGCCCGAAACAGAGACCGACUCAUCAGGGACCGGGGGGAUGCGGAAGUCGUUGGAGAGGAAGGGCUCAGCGCCGAACGACGCUGUUCACCUCCAGAGACGGGUGGGACUCUUCAGUGGGGUGGCUUUAAUUGUCGGGACCAUGAUAGGGUCUGGAAUAUUUGUGUCGCCAUCAGGUCUACUAGUUCGUACUGGUUCCGUUGGUGUUAGCUUUAUAAUAUGGCUGGCCUGUGGUUUGCUCUCGUUGUUGGGCGCUCUGGCAUAUGCUGAAUUGGGUACGAUGAAUACAUCGUCUGGCGCUGAAUGGGCAUAUUUUAUGGACGCAUUUGGUCCGGCUCCCGCAUUUUUAUUCUCAUGGGUAUCGACAUUGGUCCUGAAGCCAUCGCAAAUGGCUAUAAUUUGUCUCUCCUUUGCGCAGUAUGCAGUUGAGGCAUUCGUUACCGAAUGCGAUCCACCAACAUCGGUGGUUAAAAUGGUUGCACUGUUGGCAAUUGUUAUGAUACUGUUCGUGAAUUGUUAUAGUGUGAAUCUGGGUAUGGCUGUGCAGAAUAUAUUCACCGCUGCAAAAUUGGUUGCCGUCUUAAUUGUGAUCUGCGGCGGCGCUUGGAAAUUAUUCCAAGGCAAUACACAACAUCUAUCAAAUGCAUUUAGUGGCGACACACCCACCUUAGGCGCUGUAGCGACCGCUUUUUACACAGGUCUCUGGGCGUACGAUGGCUGGAAUAAUUUGAAUUAUGUCACCGAAGAAAUCAAGAAUCCAAGCAAGAAUUUGCCACGUUCCAUUAUGAUUGGUAUACCGUUGGUGACACUGUGCUAUGCACUUAUCAAUAUCUCAUACUUGGCGGCGAUGUCUCCCACCGAAAUGAUCGACUCCGAAGCCGUUGCUGUAACCUUUGGCAAUCGUAUAUUGGGCGCAUUGGCUUGGCUAAUGCCACUCAGUGUGACAGUUAGCACUUUUGGUAGCGCCAAUGGUACACUCUUCGCAGCGGGACGCUUAUGCUUUGCUGCCAGUCGAGAGGGUCACCUGAUGGAUAUAUUGUCGUAUGUACACGUACGUCGUCUAACACCGGCACCUGGAUUGAUUUUUCAUUCACUCAUAGCUGCCGCCAUGGUCUUGUACGGCACCAUUGGCUCAUUGAUUGACUUCUUCAGCUUUACCGCAUGGAUUUUCUAUGGCGGUGCUAUGUUGGCGCUCAUCGUGAUGCGUUUCACCAAACCCAACUAUCCAAGGCCAUACAAAGUGCCUAUCAUCAUUCCCGUUGUGGUGCUGGUGAUCUCAAUAUAUCUAGUGGUGGCGCCAAUAAUCGAUACACCACGUAUUGAAUAUCUCUAUGCAUUGCUCUUCAUAUUGGGCGGUUUGAUAUUCUAUGUGCCAUUUGUUAAAUUGGGCAUGACACCGAGAUUUAUGAACAAAGUGACACUCUUCUUCCAGCUACUGUUGGAGGUCGUGCCAACUUCAUCGAUGUUUGAAUAAAGCAAUUACAAGAAGAUUAUGCAUAAUAAAACCGGCUGAGACAAAAACAAAACAAAAAAUAAAUAAAAAUGAAAAAAAAAAACUAAAA